ACUGUAUCAUUAUACCACUGUGUUAGUGUAUUUCAAAAUGGGUAAUCCGGAACGCAACGGAGGAUUCAUUAGUAGAGCAUGCGCUGUUGUCCACAAGUGAUGAACUGAUGAACUGUUGUCCUUUGUCAUAUAUGCAGGUGUGGAAUAAACCUGCUGUUACCACAAGCCUGACCAGCACCAUGAGAUUAGUUUAGCCAGGAGACAUCUCACAGAGGUUACACGUGGACAGAACCAGCUUCAUCUGCUAGGUCAAGCGCCCGAUGCUUUUAUUCUGGAAAGAGAAAGCUAUUUUCCUCUGAAAAACCAGGCCGGAAGUUGGACAUUGUUUACAAACUGCUUCCAGUCGGCAUUCCAAGUUAGAGCGUAUUGUGUUAUUUUCCGUUAUUUAUUUCGAGGAAUAUUUCUGACAGACUGCCACCAACGAGCGUUCUGCACCAACAACGCAAUGACAAGUUACCAAAAAUGAUAUUCCGGUUAGUGAAGCUAAUUUGGUGCACACCAGUUAGCUAACUGUUAGCUAGCUCAACAGAUAACUCACUGCAUGGCUGUGUGAUUACUUUGAACAGCUGUUAGCUACAGGGAGGCAAAUAAUGUCUGUACUUAGAAGCUUCUCAUCGGUAACUAUCCCGAAGAGAGUUUUAGGUUACUUAUAUCUGUUUUGCAGCCAGGUUAGCUGUAGUUAAGUUAGCUUGUUAUGUCUCUGCAACUAGCCAGCUGUUAGCUAAAGUUUGUCCCACUUCGUUGUGUGUCAUGCUCAUCGGUCGCGUUCUGUUGAGACCGAUUAUUAGAUCGACGCGUUCGAAAAUCGUUCGUUUACAGAGUUGCUUUGCUGUCAAUGAACUCCCACUCCGGAGGCUGCAUCCCACAUCCACCAGUCACUGUUGUAACGUCACCGCGCUGAAGCUAUCUGCACACGUGCUCCGACUAAAGUCCUGUCUGUAUCGGCGAACAGUGUGUGACAUGCAGCUAGCCAGUGUCUCCUAUGGCAAAGAGACCAUACCUGCCUCAGGUGAUGGUGAGGAGGGUGGUGGUGGUUGUGAAGAAGCUCUGAUUAGAGAGGAGACUGGGACAGAAGAUAAGGAGCGGAAAAAGAUGAGUCCAGGUCAGGUGGAUGCAGUCACCAUGAAGGUCCCUCAAGACACCAGCGCCUCCACAGAGCCGGCAGGAUCAAGCGAGAGGCAGAUGAGGAGGAAGAUAAAGAGGGCGAGGCAGAAAUUGAAGAAGAAACAGCUCAAGUCGGCUGAUACUUUGGAUACGUUAAUGUCAGAGCUUCCGUUUUCUGUGACCAGCCCCACUACAUGGAAAGAGCUUGCAUUUUCCAACUCAGAGUCGACCCAGAAAGAGAGGAAGAGGAAGAGAGGAGACAAUGGAGGGCGAGUGGACAGCGAAGAGGAUGCAGAGAAGAAGAAAAAGAAAGAGAAAGAGAGCCAACGACCCAACUACUUUGUCUCCAUCCCCAUCACCAACACACAGAUCAGUUCAGCUGUGAGCGAGGUCCAGGAGGCGGUGCUUCAGCAGGAGCCCCGAUUGGCCAAAGCCAUGCUCCCCGUCCCAACUCUCCACAUCACGCUGUUAGUCACACAUCUCGCCAGUCAGGAGCAAGUAGACCUGGCGGCAACAGUGCUGGCUCAGUUCGAGCCGUCAUUGGCUGAGCUACUGGGUGGGCGGGACCUGGUGCUGCCCUUCUCAGGGAUCGGUCACUUCAGGAAAGAGGUGGUGUUUGUUGGGCUGGCCCCCGGAGAACACAGACACACACUGGACAGCGUGGCAGAUCUGUUGCGGAGCCAUUUUGAGGAGAAGGGUCUUCUGCAAGAAGGCAAUCGUGGGUUUGAACCCCACCUCACCAUUAUGAAGCUGUCCAGAGCAUCCAAACUACGAUCCCAGGGUAUAAAGCGUGUGGACCCGGCUCUCUACUCCAACUAUACAAACAAGUUUUUUGGAGACCAGACAGUUGAGCGGGUGGAUCUUUGUUCCAUGUUAAAAAAGAAGCAACAAGAUGGAUAUUACCACACUGAGACGUCACUACAACUUGAUUUGAACCCUCUCCAAGCCAAACGGUUAAGUGGGCGUCGCCGGUCUGAGCCCGACGAGGCGGAGCUACUGAAGGUGAGCAGGCGAUUGGUCGAGGAUGCUGUCAAUCGAGCCUUGCAACAGUUCAAACAAGAAACUCUCCAAAAUGGGGGUGGGCCUAAUGCCACUGCCCCGCAGCCCCCGGGAAACACUGAGGAAACUGCAGCAAAGACGGACACUACAGCUAACUCCACUACAGACAACAGGAAGUGACAUCAUUGGACUGAGGUACAGAGACUGACAAACCAGCCGCCCAGAAAACAUCAGCCCGGCCUGGCUAACCAGGAGACGGGUCAGUAGUCCCUGGGCUCAAAGCCUGAACCAGCCAACCAGUCAGCCCAGUGUGCUGACUAGCUAACCCAGCUAGCCAACUACAACGGCUAGCCAGUCAUGCCAGCUACCUGCCCAACUGACCUAGCUUGACACAAUGCUAUUUAAAUAGAUGUAGCUUGAGUUCAGGUGAACAUCCCAACAGGCCGGCCAGCUAAGACUGUUAGUUAACUCACUACGUCUAACAGCAAGGACAUGGUCUCCUCGAUCGUCACUCAGCUGUCGGUCUGCGUUUGCACAUCAGACCCAGAAAACCUACGUGAAGCACUCCUCCAGAGACGCACAUGUCGGGUUCACUUUGACCUGCCUCUCACUAACUGCCCUGUUAGAAUAAGACCAAUCAUCCUUUGUAGACCGUUUUGGUUUGAGCAUCACCUGCACUUAACAUGGGACUCAAAAACCUUAAAAAACACUUCCUUCUUCUUAAUGUUAUUGUUUCAGGUGAAGAAAAUAAUUUUCUUUUCCUUUAUUUUCUCUUAAAAAAUGCUGUCUUCAUUUACAAGAGAUUACACAUCUGCUCUUCUUUGUGGUUGAGGGGGCUGGUAUGACUGUGUUGUGACUUCAGUAUGAGAUGUUGGACGAGUCUGGGUUCAAAGCUCUUUCCAUUCAGUUUCAGCAAACUUUAAACUUCCAGCAUUUACUUAAACUGUCUGCAUACCACACCCCAUCUUUGUCUUUAUUCUCCGUUAUCAAUUCUGUGGGAAUACAUUUUGUCAAAAAAGAAACUAAGCUGGACUCUGUUGGUCCACAAACACUAUGGGAGCAUACAGACUGCUAUCCCUCUGUCACUUUAACUUAUCUCCGCUAAUAGCACUAACUUUACAAAGAAUGAUUUGGAGAUAUGAUAAAAUAACACUCCAACAAAACACUACAAGUUGCCACGAAAGCAUCUUCCAAUCCAUUAAUCCCAAAACCUCCAUUAAAGACCUGAUUACUUGUCUCAAUGAAAACUAUGUGACAGGCUAUUAUUACUACUAUUACGCACAGGCAUUAAUUCCAUAACGCCUGCUGCUUCCUGCCUGAUCAUUUAUAAAGGAAAUAGAUUUUUGUUGACAUACUAUAUUUUCGAUUUUGUUCCGUGAAAUUAAUUUGAGGCAGCAGCGACAUGCACAGAUGACCUAUUUUGUGUUAAAUUAAUUUAUAAAUUGUUCGGUGUUGCUGUUUGAGGCUCAGUGUUCAUUGGGACUACUCAUGCUGAUCUGAGGAGCUUUUAUUUUGUAGUACUGUACAUCUAACAGCAAUUACAGCUGAGCAAGUUCUUCAGAUGUUGGGGAGGUUAACUCAGAAAAUUGCUGCUGUCAGCUGAAAACCCUCCGGCUCUUGAUUUCAGUGUCUUCCAUCCAUUUUUUUUUUUUGUUAAACUUAAUUAAAUUGGCAUUUUGUGCUCUGCGUUCGACCCCAGAGCUCAUAAAACCCACUGAGAAACACACGGGCGUGAAAUUAAGGAAGAUUGUCUGAAUAAUUUUUUGAGGUUUUCAGCUGACGGCAAGAUGUUGAUGAUGAUCCAGCUGUGAUACAAGCGAUUGGUUUACUCUCUGACGUUAAAUAUGUUAUUUUAUCCUUUCUAACUAUUAUUUAUAAUGUGUUGCUGUCCCUCCUAAAGAAAUGAAUGAAAAGAUAUUUGAUUUUUAAAUGAGGAAAAAGAGCAUUGUUUGAGGUGGUAAAAGCACUGAUGAAUUUGCUUUUUUUUUUUAAUUGUCUUUGCUUUCACUUUUUAAAGAGCAGGUAAAUCAAAUCACCUCUGUUCAAAGUGGCCUUAAGUCACGAAAAAAACAAGUUGAUUUUUCUGUAAGUGCUUAAGGUGACAGCGCGUAACUAGCAUAACAUAGCUAUUUUUUAAGCCGGUGUAGGGUGAUUGGGUGACGAUGGCUCGUUUUGCUGUGAGAUUCGCCGAAGUCUCUAAAUGUAAACCUGUGGCUAAAGAGUUUGAUUCUUGAGUUAAAUGUCAAAAUAUCGUCCACCAUGAAACACAAUUCAUGUAAGUUUUGUUUUAAAAUAAAUUCCUGAGAAACCAGCUCGGAUUUUCCGCCAUGUGAUGUGAAGUAUAUUUCCUUCUAGUGCGAGCUGGAAAACGUGCCCUCGUCUCUGUGAAAUCCACUUAAGUCCUGUCACUGUGGGCUCAUUGAAACGUCAAUAACGGGUGAAUUCUGUCUCACGGUGGACUGUGAUCGUUUCUCUUCUGAUCUUUUAUUGUCACCGGAUCCUUAAUCUCCUUAAACUCCCCUUUAAUACACAAAUUGUCCUGUUGGCCUGUAUGGUCUGUCUCUGAGAGUGUGUGUGUGUGUGUGUGUACGUGUACGUGUGGGAUGUUUGAUCAGUGGUUCUCAUGAACACUCACAGGUGUGUGUGUGUGUGUGUGUGUGUGUGUCUUCGCACAUCUGUACAAAUUUGUCUUUUCUGUUGGUCUUUCCAUUCGUCCGUGUGUACGUCUGGCCGCGUGGGUGUGUUAUUGUACCGUGUUGUAUAUCUUGUUCUGCCAUAUUUGAACAAUAAAACAGGAUAUGAGAUUCAAAACCAA